CUCACACAAGUGGGACAAAUAGGCUAUGUUAAACCUAAACGGAGUUGGGGGGGAAGCAAGCUGGAUUUCCAGAGCACAUUCAAAUUGCAUCAACGGGAUUAUUUGUUGGCAGCAGGAGGAGAAAUUAAAAAUAUGUAGGAGCUGUGCGUAAAAGUCCACAAGAUUCCUCUGAGGGGUUGAUCGUUGGAGGGAGGAUUGUGCCAAAGUGCGACUUGAGGAGCAGCUUAUUCAUGCAAAUUCAUAAAAUCAUAGGCGUGCCUUUGGGUGAUGGAGUCAUAGCCGGAAAAGCAAACCCCCUCCUGGAUAAUCAGCGACCUUCAAAGACUGUGAUGCGCAGCGCUCGGACGCAUUGACAGCGGCACAGCGGCAAAUGUUUUAAAAGGACAGAGAAAGAGAAGAGAAAGUUAGGAGUUGUUUUCCACACGCUUCUGUUGACGGGCUGCACUUCUUCCUCAACACAGCCACCAGCUCGACUGCUGCGCCACUGGAUCUCCAACCACAGGCUUAUUGCGCAGACAAUAACGCACCGCUGCAACUAUCACUAUUGCUUGUCGUCUUUUUUUGUUAAUUUAUUUUUAUAUGUUUACGAUCAAUUCGGACGACUUAAAAUACAAAAUCCUGAUGCGGAUGAAGUUAUAGUCACCCUACUAGAUCGAUUUUGUGCGUAAAGACGCGACCACUUAUUUGUUUCUAUUUGGAAAAAAAAAUCUUUUGUAUUUAAAUCGCCGAGGACUUUUCACCCUUCACCAUGUCAGAGGACGAGAGUAGCUCCACUACCAGCCAUGUGUCUGACACAGAAGGCAGCAAUGCUAGCGUUCUCAGUUGGGAGCAAGUGCAGCGGCUUGACGCCAUCCUGACGGAGACCAUCCCGAUCCACGGCCGGGGAAACUUCCCCACUCUGGAAAUGCAGCCGCGACAGAUCGUUAAAGUGGUGCGGAGUCGGAUGGAGGAGAAACAAAUCCACGUCCGGGACGUUCGGUUAAACGGCUCUGCAGCCAGUCACAUUCUGCACGGGGAUAGCGGACUGGGCUUUAAGGACCUUGACCUCAUAUUUUGCGCAGAUAUGAAAGGUGAAAGUGAUUUCCAGACUGUGAAGGACAUAGUUUUGGACUGUCUCCUGGAUUUUUUACCCGACUGUGUGAAUAAAAAGAAAAUAACCCCGUUAACGUUAAAGGAAGCCUAUGUGCAGAAGAUGGUGAAGGUGUGUAAUGACUCAGACCGCUGGAGCCUCAUCUCCCUCUCCAACAACCGGGGUAAGAACGUGGAGCUGAAGUUUGUGGACUCCCUUCGACGGCAGUUUGAGUUCAGUGUGGACUCCUUUCAGAUCAAACUGGACUCCCUGCUGCUGUUCUACGAGUGCUCAGAGAACCCAAUGGCCGAGACCUUCCACCCCACCAUCAUGGGCGAGAGUGUGUACGGAGACUUCAGCGAAGCCCUGGACCACCUACGUCACAAGAUCAUCUGCACCCGGAACCCAGAGGAGAUCCGAGGCGGGGGUCUGCUGAAGUACUGUCACCUGCUGGUUAGGGGUUUCCGGGCCGCUUCCGAGUCAGAGAUGAAGUCCCUGCAGCGCUAUAUGUGCUCGCGCUUCUUUAUUGACUUCUCUGACAUUGGUGAGCAGCAGCGCAAACUGGAGUCCUACCUUCAAAACCACUUUGUGGGCCUGGAGGACCGCAAGUACGACUACCUGAUGACCCUCCACGGAGUGGUCAAUGAGAGCACAGUGUGCCUGAUGGGACACGAGAGGCGGCAGACCUUAGGGCUCAUAGCCAUGCUGGCAGUGCGUGUUCUUGCAGAGCAGAACGUCAUUCCCAACGUGGCUAAUGUUACAUGUUACUACCAGCCUGCGCCUUAUGUGGCAGAUGGCAACUUCAGUAACUACUACAUAGCACAGGUACAGCCGGUGUUUGCUUGCCAGCAGCCUGCAUACUCCACCUGGUUGCCCUGUAACUGAGUCAGCCCCGAGGAAAGGUGGAGGGAGAGAGUCUGAUUUGUUUAAACAGGAGUCGCCGCCUUGGACCUGCCCAGUGUUUGGCUGCGGACAGAAAAAGGAAAAGCUUUUUUGCUCAUACUUUUAGUAUGAACAGGCGUUCACUUCAAGUACGUAUUUCAGUGUAUGUCACCUGAUCCUGCCCAGGCCAGCCAGGUUUAAAAAAAAGUCUAAUUUGGGAAGCUUGGAAAUAAAGGCUAAACACAAAUGUGUGACCGCCUUGAACGCAAGCAGCAGAACUGUCAUCGAAAAUGAACAAGACUGAUCUGUCUGAUCUGUCUGAAUCUGUCAAGAACUUAUUAGCCAGCAUGUUCCAACAGCAGACCAAACAGCUGCAUCAGUGCCCUGACGUUGACAGCUACUCCGCGCGCACGCACACACACACACACACACACACAUGCACGCACACACACACACACACACACACACACACACACACACACAGACUCUUUAGGUGAAAUCAGAGGUGUGUGCAGGGCUCCAAAACGAGCACCCUAGACUCGCUUUACGUCAGCUGAACUGAAGUGAGAUGCUGUUCAACUAGUUUGGAUAAGAAACUGGCAUCUCCGCCUUGCAUUUGGAUAUAAUUCUGGUUGUUUACAGACCAAAGAUUUUUUUUUGAUUGUUUCUAACAUUGAAACCCGAUUUUGAUGGGGUAAAAUAAACUAAAUAUGAAGCUAUGUCUAUUUGUGUAUGUGAACAUGUGUGUUUUUUAAGUGCCUAAUGCCCCUCAGCGGGCAGAUAAAAUAAUGAGCAGGCCAUAGCCCCACUCUAGUCAGGCACACAAGACAAUAGCACCCCAGAGGCUUGUGAAUGUAUAUGUGAAAUCAUGCACAGUCUGUGUUUGUGUUCGUUCGGAUGAAAAAGAGCACUUUGCGUUAGUGUGGAUCUUGCUGUAAAGUAGCAGUCAAACGUGCGAUUGAUGGGUUGUAGCAAGAUUCACAUUUGGAAACUCCAAAUUUGUAUCUUCUCUGAGUGAUAAAGCAAACAUGCAUGUCUCAAAUUAAUACCGGUUUUGCAUAUGUGCUAUGAGAAAGGAUGACAAGCAUUUUCAGAUCAUCAGCAACUAAGAAAACUUUCACUCACACACACACACACACACACACACAAUUUCCUGUAUAUUUUGUGCAGUGGUGCUUCCCUUUUUCUCAUCUGAGAAAAAAACACGAUUUCACAAUAAGUAGAUAAGAGGCAGAGAGAGGAAAGAGUGCAUUCAGAGAGAGGGUCCGACAGAAAGCUGGUGUGUGUUCCCCAUGCUUCCUCUUACUGUAGAAGGAUAUUUGCAGAGACACCUCAGAUGAUGUGACACUAUUUGCUGUAGCACCCUUGCAGGGAAUUCCUCAGCUGCUGCUGAAGAGCUUGAACUUAGCUGUUGUUACGUCUGCAAAUGCUCCGUUCAGGGUUCAGAAAAUGUUGUGGCAAACAUUUUGGUGGACCCCGCUGAUAGACCUAAAGUUUAAUGAGGCCAUUUGUUGACGUAGACAGAGAUACUGUGCUGACAUAGAAGACUGGGAAAUAGACUGUAAAUGGAGCAAAAGCGAGAGAAAGGCAAAUGUGGUAGUUUAAAAGGCAAGAGGGAGGGUGAGUCAAUCUGGAGAGAUGGGUGCAGCUGGUGAUGGGGUUUAUCUCUCUAGGGCUACCAUGUAUUACUGUACAAACAGUCUCUGUUAAGGUCAGAUUACAACUUAAUGGACAGUGUUGCAGCUCUCCCCCUUUUUCAGGGAGACCAAAACAUUCUAUCAGCAUUUGUUUUAAUCAUCUGAUCGUUGUUCAGAAGAGGGGAAACUGAAGAAGAUUGCAUGCAUUCACACCAGCUUCAGGAGACUUUAAGUUGCAACGUAUGUUUCAUUUGUGAGGUUGCUUUAUUGAUGCUUAUUAAUGGUUUUUAUGCUUCAUUCCACACCAUUUUAAAGUACUGUGUAUAUAUAUGAUUACUGUACAUGCUUCGGCUUUGCCAACUCACUUACUCCUUGCAAACUAUACUGCAGCCUUUUCUGAUGGCAGAUAGAAAAAGGAAAUUAGGAUUUUAAGCAUAAAAGGGUAGGUUAAGCUCGGAGACCAGCAUCAACUCAAUACUGCGUUGAAAAGAGAAAAUUCUCAUGCUGAAAAAAAAAGCAUUAGUAGCUCAUCCUCUGUUUCGCCUGAUUCUGAUAAUUCAUAACUGCUCUGUUCAGUUGUUUCUUCUUCUCAGUGACUAUCCAUGUCGAUGAUAUCCUUUGGAUUGUGCAGGCAAUGUAUUGUCAUUUUAUACUCAGUGAUGUCCUAACAGCUGACUUGCUAGCUAGCUCCAGUCUGCCUGUCAGUUAGUGAUUGUGCCUGUCAGUUAGAGAUUGUGGGUUACUGCGUUGUCUUGUAUGCGUUGUCUCAAAUACCUGUUUCUGUUCAUGCAGUCUUUUACAAAUCACACUUUGAAAAAGAACGAUUAAGAUCCUUGUCUUGUAUGUAUAUUUUUUAUGAUUGUUAUUUUUAUAAAUGUAUCAGACACUGCGGGUGUUGCAGUGCUUUUGAAUCUGUGAUUGGGCUUCAAAGGAUAUGUUCUCAAUAGCUUUUUUGCUAUAUUAUGUUAUGUGUCCAAUGGCUCAAAAGGUUAAGGAUGUUUUCAUCAAUAAAAUAUCUGAAAACCAGA